CGGGGAGGAGGAGCCACCGAAGUCGGGGAGCCACUGACCGGGGAGCCCGAGAAAACCACCGGCGGACGAUUCAAAGCCGGUUCCGGCCCGGCUUGAGGUCCCUGCGGGGGCCGGCCGACGAAUCUGGCUCCGACCCAAGCGACGAGGCCGGGGAUGCCUCCCCUCCCGAGCGGCCGGCGGGAUAGGAGCCGGCGCUGAACGCUCCCGCGUGUCGCCCUGCGUGGCUCUCCUCUUCCUCCUCCUCCUCCCGCGCCUGGGUGGAGCCUCCCCUUCGCCGGCGGGAGGAGGCGGAUGCUCGGCUUCUCCCGAAACAGCCGGCUGACGGUCGCCGGGAGGAGCCGGGCGGAGAAGCCACGAGGAUGCCGCUGGGGGCCGGCCGGAGCUGGGGGUGAGUCCGAGCAGGGGGCCGGCCCGACGUGGAUGGAAGGCGGGCGGGAGGCCGGCAGCGGCUGGGGAGACGUCGGGCGGCGGGGAGCGCGCGGGGCGGCGGGCAGCACGCCUCGAUCCCUGGCGCUGAGCAAACAGCUCCGGCUCUGCCUGCCUUCCUGCCUUGCCUUCCUCCAGAAAUGCUGCAUCAUGAACCCGCCGACCAUCCGGCUCUGAGCCCGAAGCGGCCGGAGAGCGGCUCCCCCGGCGCCCGUUAGCAGAGGCCGGGACGGGCCGAGCCUGCAAGGGGGGAAAAGCCGGUGGGAUAUCCCCACUCGACCCCCUGCCUGCCCCGUCUAUCCGGGCCCUCCUCUCCCCUCCGCAGGACGGCGAUGCUUCGGCUGUAGAUUCCGGGCUGGGAGGGGAAUUCCGGUCCCCCCGAAGAGGAGCAAAGUGCCUGCAAAGCGGAGGGAGGGGAAGAGGAGGAGGAGGAGGACUGGCCCCUCCCUCCCCGCCCUGUCCCUCCGAGCAUCUCGUCCGGCAACUCGGCAACUUCUCGUCCAGUCGACGGAGCGGCUUCUCCGGGGGCGGCCAGAACUUCUUCCCCGUCCGUCGGCGCUCUUGGCUGGAGCCGGCUUCUGCGCAGCCGGGUUUAGACGAACCGGGAGAGACGAGGCGCGUCGAGCCAAGCGGCCGCAGCUGAAAGUCGAGAGGGGAAGCCGAGCCGCAGCGGGACGCUCGGCAAGGCCGAGCCGGGGCUUGAAAGCGGACUUUCGGAAAGGUUCGGACGCUCCGCCUGGUGCUGCGUGGCGGCCGGAGGGUGCCCCCUUGGCCGGCUCUCGCGGAGCUCCCCAUGCUGCUGCCGCGGAAGUGGCCGGGCUGGCCGCCGUCGGCGCUGCGGCUGCCGCAGAAGUUCCUUUUCCUGCUCUUCCUCUCGGGCCUGCUCACGCUCUGCUUCGGCGCCCUCUUCUUGCUGCCCGACUCCUCCCGCGUCAAGCGCCUCUUCCUGGCCCGCCACGCCGGAGCCGAGCUGGAAGCCCCCCGCAGCCCGCCGCCGGGACCCGGCCCGGCCCGCCACCUGCCCGCCAACGCCAGCCCGCCCGCCCCGCCGCCGCCGCCCUCGCGCUCCCGCCACCUCCGCGACCCGCCCGACCUCCCGCCCGACGCCCACUCCCAGCCGGCCGCCAGACGGACCCGCCCGCCGCGCCUCCCGCCCGCUGAGCAAGGCGCUUCGGCGGCCCCUUUGCAGCAGACGCGCGCCCCGUUCAGCUUCGACUACGCGGCGUUUCGGCAGCGCCUCCGCCACCCGGUGCUGGGCGGCAAGAGAGGCGGCACCGAGGAGCCCGACACCCGCGUCCGGCGGCUGAAGAUCAAGGAGAUGAUGAAGUUUGCUUGGGAUAACUACAAGCAGUUCGCUCUGGGGAAAAAUGAACUGAGACCUCUCACGAGAAACGGACAUAUCGGGAACAUGUUUGGAGGCCUCCGGGGAGCCACCGUGGUAGAUGCCUUGGAUACCCUAUACGUCAUGGAGCUGCAGGAAGAAUUCCAGGAAGCCAAAGAUUGGGUGGAGAAGAGCUUUGACUUGAACGUGAACGGUGAAGCCUCCUUAUUUGAAGUGAACAUCCGCUACGUUGGAGGACUUCUGUCUGCGUAUUACCUGACAGGCGAAGAGGUCUUCAAGAGCAAAGCUCUAGAACUUGGAGAGAAACUUCUCCCGGCCUUUAACACACCAACAGGAAUCCCACGAGGCGUCAUCAACCUGGGCAGUGGCAUGAGCUGGAGUUGGGGAUGGGCAUCAGCAGGAAGCAGCAUUUUAGCUGAAUUUGGGAGCCUCCACUUAGAAUUUAUGCACCUUUCAGAACUGUCUGGAAACUCGGUAUAUGCUGAAAAAGUGAUGAACAUCCGCAAAGUCCUGAACAGAAUUGAGAAACCUCACGGGCUUUAUCCAAACUUUCUCAGUCCGGUCACGGGGAAUUGGGUCCAGCAUCACGUCUCUGUUGGUGGCCUUGGGGACAGUUUUUAUGAAUAUCUGAUCAAAUCUUGGCUCAUGUCAGAUAAGCAAGACAGCGAAGCAAAAAACAUGUAUGAUAAAGCUCUGGAGGCCAUAGAAAAGCACCUUGUCAAAAAAUCGCCUGGUGGGCUAACCUAUAUCGCCGAAUGGCGAGGAGGCAUCUUGGACCAUAAAAUGGGGCACUUGGCUUGCUUUUCUGGUGGCAUGAUAGCCCUCGGAGCAGAACACGCCCUGGAAGAACAGAAACAGCACUAUUUGGAUCUAGCUGGGGAAAUAACGCACACUUGUCACGAAUCUUACAUUCGCUCAGAUACCAACUUGGGCCCUGAAGCAUUUCGUUUUGAUUCUGGAACGGAAGCAAUGGCCACACGACUGAGCGAUCGUUAUUACAUCCUACGGCCCGAGGUUGUAGAGAGCUAUUUCUACUUGUGGAGGUUGACACAUGACCCCAAGUACAGAGAGUGGGGUUGGGAAGCUGUCCAAGCGCUGGAGAAAUUUUGCCGAGUAGAAGCUGGUUUCUCUGGAAUCCGCGAUGUAUAUACAACCACCCCAAGCCAUGACAACAUGCAGCAGAGCUUUUUUCUGGCAGAGACGUUAAAGUAUCUCUAUCUUCUGUUCUCUGAAGAUGAUGUGCUCUCCCUCAAGGACUGGGUGUUCAACACUGAAGCUCACCCGUUGCCUGUGAACCACACAGACUUUGUCCUGAAGACAAGCAUGCAGUAGGAGCAACUUGGCCCUUCUGGAUUCUGCAAAGGGAUCCCGAGGGGUUGCUUGCAUUAUUAUUAUUAUUUUUUCUCCUUUCCAGUAAAGGAAUGCACAUAUUCCCGGAAAGGUAUUUUGGGGGCAUUCGUCCAAUUCCGGACAGUAUUAUAUUGGGGAGUUUAAAAAAACUGUGAAACCAAGCACCUUCAACGGGGUUUUUUUUUUUCCUCUGUGAGGAAACCUAUAACCUGAUAAUUGGAUGUUGAUUACGGGCCAUAAGACAGACGAAAUCAUGGACGUUCCUUUCUAUGAAGAAUUUCUACGGAAUCCACUGACUUUCGCUUUUGCGGGGCCAAAGGACCAGGAGUUUGCCAUAAAAUAGAUGUUGGUUUGUGCCACUCUUCUUGCCCCAAACUUGCUCCCUCCUUUUUUAUAUACCAUUGAUUUUUUUUCCCCUCACCUUUCUGAUCUGUACUUUAAAAAAAAAAAAAAAAAGCAGUACACCAGUGGUGAAAUGUAAAAUUUUUUUACUACCGGUUCUGUGGGCGUGGCUUGGUGGUGGGGGUAAUGUGACUGGGUGGGCGUGGCCAACUUUUUUUUUUUUUUUUUUUACUUUUAAAAACAUUUUUUCUACAACCUCUUUGGCCAAAUAGGUUGUAAAAAAAUGCUUUUAAAAGCCUGUGAUGAUCAGGCAACUCAGUUGGGAUCGCCAGAGGAAAAAAAGCUUUUGAAGGGUUCUGACGAUCCCAGCCGAGUUGCCUGAUCACCAGAACCUUUUAAAAACAUUUUUUCUACCACCUCUUCAACUGAAGAGGUUGUAAAAAAAUGCUUUUAAAAGCCUGUGGUGAUCAGGCAACUCAGCUGGGAUUGCCAGAACCUUUUAAAAGCAUUUUUUUACAACCGCUUUGGCCGAAGAGGUUGUAGAAAAAAUGCUUUUAAAAGUAAAAAAAACAAACCUCUGAUGAUCACGCAACUCAGCUGGAGUGGGGGGGGGGCAGGGAUUUUUGCUACCGGUUCUUUGAACCACCCACCGCCAUCACUACCGGAUCGAGCGAUCCGGUCCAAACUGGGAGCAUUUCACCCCUUGCAGUACCCGUGUCAAGAGGUCCUGAUUAAGGAGUCUUUCUAAAUCCUACAGUACUUCUUUCUUUUACCCCUUUCCUCACCCGUCUUUCCAUUUCUCUUCAAAUGUUUGCCAACUGUCGUUUUCUUUUUUUUUCUUUCUUUCUUUCUUUGGGUUUUCCUGGGUUUUGCUUAAUCACUUUCCUUUUAUUGAUUUUUUUUUUUCCUUUUCAUCUGGAGCAAAACCUUAUGAGGCAUUUGUAAUGAUUUCAUUUCUGUAAUGCUCAGAUGUGAAAAAUAAAAUAAAAAUUCAUGUCGGCUAAAAAAAAAAAAAGAUGUGUGGCUGGGUG